CAAAAACAGGGAACCCGGCCGCGCGGAGAGGAGACGAGAAUGCGACGGCAGCUGCUGCACCUCCUCAGAGCCAGGAGCCGAACCUGGGAUUUCUUUCCUGCUUCUUGAUCCCCUUGUUCUUCGAUCAAUUGCCAGCAUCGAUCCAGGAAGUCAUCUCCUGUGAGCUCUUGUCAAUUCGGUCGUGUUGCUCGACUCCUGCUCCCACGAUCCGACCACGCCGAUUCCCCCGAUCGAUCGACUUUUAAGUCAAACGGACAGAGCGUCACGCGAAAAUAUCCCCGGAAAAACGAAGCAAUCGCGGUCGCCAUGGCCAACUUCAACUGGGUGUCCCGUAUGCUGGGGUGGGAUAGGCACCCACGCCAUCACCACGACUUCCACUCGGACUGGAUCCGCGAUGACCGAAGACGCCUCCUUCCGCAAUACCGAAGCGAGCACCUCGAGUCCGCGAUUCCUGCCCCCGAAGUAACAAAGAUUGCCCUCAAGCUUCGACACCUAAUCGAGCUGGCAGUCCCCUGCGAAUUGGACGAAGUCGAGAUCACAAAGGCGCAUAGCAAGAUCAUCACGACCAAGGUCGUCAAGGCCGCCAAGGAAGCUGGCGGCUCGCACUACGGAUCAUGUGUUGUCUUCUGCUUGAUUGUCUGCAAGAGAUGGUUCAAGCACCAGGCCUUGGCUGAGCUCUGGGACGCCGACCUACACAGAGUGCGCGCCGUCGCUUGUGAGGUUAUUGCGAAGCAAAUCAUCGAAACCGAAGACGACCUCCAAUACCUCAUGCACUCCGUUCUCCUCCGCCGAUACUCUGUGGUUGUUGACGGCGAAGCCACACCGCCCGCGAACGCUAUUGAAAAGGCCGUCGAUCUCCACGCCGUCAGAGUCAUUGGCUCUUCUGGAUACCAAAAAUGCAUUUCAUACUUGUGGAAGGGAUGGCUGGUCCAGGACGAGGACGACCCUGCAGUAUUCGUCGACUACAAGGACAAGACGAAUCCGUCAUUCCUCGUGCACAUGGACCCCGACCGCAUCCGCGCUCCCAUGUACCAGAAUGCCACCCAGGUGCUCAUCUCCCUCAUCUACAUUGGUCUUUACACUGCCGUCAUCAACUCGGUGAACGCCAAGGGUGUUUUGGACGCGGCUGAGGUAUUGUUGUACAUCUUCACCCUCGGCUUCAUCUGCGAGGAGGUCACCAAGUUCUGGAAGGCCGGCUACCACAUUCUGGGUUUCUGGAAUGCAUUCAAUGGCGUUCUCUACACCUUCAUCACGUUAUCCCUCAUUCUUCGCAUCAUCGGCCUUACCCACGACGAGGGCGAACCCGCGCGGAAAAUGUACAGCGAAUUGAGCUACAACUUCUUGGCUUUCAGCGCACCCAUGAUUUGGUCUCGCCUCUUGCUUUAUCUCGACAGCUUCCGCUUCUUUGGAGCCAUGCUGGUCGUGCUAAAGGUCAUGAUGAAGGAGUCAAUCAUCUUCUUCGCCCUGCUUGCUGUGUUGAUCAUUGGAUUUCUCCAGGCCUUUAUUGGUCUCGACUUGGCGGACGACUUGGUGGCUGAUGAUAUAACAUUCAUCAUGUCAGCCAUGGCUAAUGCCAUCAUGCAGAGCCCCGACUUUGACGGAUUCGACAGGUUUUCGCCGCCGUUCGGUAUUAUCCUGUACUACUGCUUCACGUUCAUUGUCAUGGUCGUCUUGCUCAACAUCCUCAUUGCGCUGUACAACUCUGCAUACGAAGACAUUUACGACAACGCCAACGACGAGUACCUCGCGCUGUUUGCUCAAAAGACGAUGCAAUUCGUUCGUGCCCCCGAUGAAAACGUCUAUAUCCCGCCAUUCAACCUAAUUGAGAUGAUUGUCAUUUGCCUCUUCUGGUGGAUGGAGAAAUCCAAAUUCGAGAAGAUGAGCGACGUCAUCAUGGGAAUCCUGUACUCGCCAGUCCUUGUUGUUGCCGCGAUCUUCGAGACUCGCUCAGCCGCCGACAUUAGGAGCAACCGAGCGAGAGGCGAGGAAGACGACGACACGAUCGAGGAGUGGGAGCAGAUGAUGGACCAGGUCGACUUCGAAUCCGAUGGAUGGAACAAGGUCUGCGCAAGCGCCAAGACCAACCUGGAGCACGAUCCUACAAUCUACGAGGUACAACAGUUGCGAAGCGAGGUUGAAGAGCUCAAGAAGAUGUUGGUCGAGAUCUCCAAGGCUGUUUCGGCUGGAAAUGCUGGUAAUGGCCAGGCCUCGACCAACUUGAUUGAUCUGGGUGAGCCUGCCGAGAGCUCCUCCAGCAAGAAGAAGAAUAAGAAGAAGGGUAAGAAGAACAAGAAGGAGAAGAAGGCAGGCGAUGACGCCAAAGACGCGGCAGCGGCAGCCUCCUCCAGCUCGAGCGAUGAAGAGUGAAGAGCUUUCAUCUAAUGAUUCUGGCAGUGGUGGGGGCCCUGCGCUGUGUGUUUUAUUGAAUUGAGUUUGUACAUGUUAUGGCUGUCACGUCACGUCACGCUAUUACGAACUUGUUUUGUUUCGAUUUCGGGAACCAUGGGAACUGGUAGCUGGCAACUUGGGAUACGAGUCAGGGAAGUAUUGGCGUCGGACAUCAGUCAUGGUUUGUAAUAAGGCGAGGCGUCGUGUUGAAUAAGGCAAAUCCAAUUACCAAUUUUGACGACUUGGGUGGAAAAGCGCGCCAGGACAGGUUAGAUUGUGUGAGCAAUGCCAACACUUGGGAAGCGAUUGAAUCUCCGUGACCGGCUCCGGUGCGAUGGUUCAGCCGAGGACUUGUGGCACGACGUGAAGGAGGGCCCCAUUAUCAUCACUUGGCGGUCAUUUACUGCAUCUGCUACAAGUACGAGGCACAAGUGCGAGCGCUUGGGGCAGUGAGUUGUCCCGGUUGCCGGCUCGGGUGCUAGGCGAGGGUGGCUGUGGUGUCCGCUGGCGUAGAAAAAAUGCGGAGGAGAUGGUAGUUUUUGUUGGCCCGCCUGCAGAGGAACACUAGGAGAACCUUAUUUUUGGGUGCUUUGGAUGGGAUGAGUCUUCUUUUGACCUCCCCAGCUGGGAAUAACGGCGUGGGGAAAGCUGACUUGAUGUUAGCUCUAAACAGGGGCUUAGGCUUGUGUCGUUUUCGGGUGCGCAGCUUGAAGGGCUUCUGGGUUAUGAAUUGCAAUCGAGACUCGGAUUCACUUCUUCUCUUUUCCUGAUUCAUCCCCUCUCAUACGAUAUGAAAGCAGUCAAGUUAUCAACUUCAAUCCCGAAAGAUGAACCCCUGGAUGAGAACAAGGAGGGGGA